AUGGACAAGUUGAAGAUCAAUGUCGACCGUACUGCCACCGGUAACUACUCUUCCCAGGAAAGAAGCAGAGAUAUCAAGAUCGAGUCAUACUCUCUCAACUACCACGGUCGUGUUCUUAUCGAUAACGCUACCAUCGAACUCAACUUUGGCAGACGUUAUGGUCUUUUGGGUGCUAACGGUUCUGGAAAGUCUACCUUCCUUACCUCCCUUGCCGAGAGAGAUAUCGAGAUCCCCGAACAUAUCGAUACCUACCUCCUUAACCAAGAAGCCGAGCCUUCUGACAUGAACGCUGUCGAGGCUGUCAUCCUUCACGCCCAGAAGGAAGUCGCCCGUCUCGAGAAGCAGGUCGAGGAACUCCUCAGCCAGGAUGAUGGUGCCGACAACCCGCUUUUGGAUGAUAUCUAUGAGCGUAUCGAAGGCAUGGAUCCCUCCACCUUUGAGGCCAGAGCUUGCUCUCUCCUUUCCGGUCUUGGUUUCAACACCGCUCAGAUGAAGAAGGCCACCAAGGACAUGUCUGGUGGUUGGCGUAUGAGAGUCGCACUUGCGACUGCCCUUUUCAUUAAGCCCACCCUCUUGUUGUUGGAUGAGCCUACCAACCAUUUGGAUCUCGAGGCCUGUGUGUGGCUCGAAGAGUACCUCAAGACCUACGACCGUAUUCUUGUCGUCGUUUCCCACUCCCAGGAUUUCCUCAACGGUGUCUGCACAAACACCAUGAACUUGAACCACAAGCGUAAGCUCAUCUACUAUGGUGGUAACUACGAUAUGUUCGUCAAGAUUAAGGAGGAAAACGAGGUCAACCAGGCCAAGGCCUACGAGAAGCAGCAGGAAGAAAUUGCCCACAUCAAGAAGUUCAUUGCCUCUGCCGGUACCUACGCCAACUUGGUCCGUCAGGCCAAGUCCAAGCAGAAGAUCAUCGACAAGAUGGAGGCUGCUGGUUUGAUCGAGAAGGUCGAGAAGCCCCAGGCCUUCAAGUUUGCCUUUACCGAUGUCGACAAGCUCCCCCCACCGGUCCUUGCCUUCCAGGAGGUCUCAUUUGCCUACAGCGGUAAGGUUGAGGACUGUCUCUACCGUCACAUCGAACUCGGUGUCGACAUGGACUCCCGUAUUGCCCUCGUCGGUCCUAACGGUGCCGGUAAGUCUACCCUCCUCAAGUUGAUGAGCAACGAGCUCGUGCCCACCGAAGGUCGUGUCCAGCGCCACACUGCCCUCAAGCUUGGCAAGUACUCCCAGCACUCCAACGACCAACUCGAGAUGGAUCUGUCUCCCAUUGACUACAUGAAGAAGCAUUUCCCUCACGAGAGCACCCAGACUGACCACUGGCGUCAGCAGUUGGGUCGCUAUGGUUUGACCGGUGCCCAUCAGACCUCUCCCAUUGCCCACCUUUCCGAUGGUCUCAAGUCCCGUCUCGUAUUCGCCGAACUUGCCGUCCUCCACCCCCACAUCAUCUUGUUGGACGAACCUACUAACCAUUUGGAUAUGGAGUCCAUCGAUUCGCUCGCCAAUGCUAUCAACAGCUUCAAGGGUGGUGUUGUCCUUGUUUCCCACGACUUCCGUCUGAUUUCACAGGUUGCAAAGGAGAUCUGGUUGUGUGAGAACGGUGACAUUGCCCGUUUCCCUGGAUCUAUUGCUGAGUACAAGGAGGGUCUCAGAAAGAAGGUCAAGAUCUAG